UCGUGGAGGGGACACGCCGCCGGGCCGGCUGGGCUCGCGGGGCUCGGCGGCCGCGGGCGGGCGGGCGGGGGUCUGGGUCCGGUGCCCGCGCUCCCCGGGCACGUCGGGGCUCCUCUCUACAGAGCGCGGCGGACGACGAUCGCACGCUGGGUCCAGUGGUUCUUAACAGUUCAACAGUUCUGUAGCGCAAUUGUGAAAUGUUUAGGACCACUAGACCCGGCGGGCCUGGCGCCCGCGACAACGACGGGGCGCCCUACGCGCGGCCCGGGAGCGCGGACAGGGGCAGGGCCGCGCCGGGACGGCGGAGGAGGAGCCCGCGGACCCGGCGCCGCGCACCUCGGGCCGGCCGUUCCCUGAGCGCCGCGCCCCGCAGACCUCGAGGCCGGUCCGGGGCCGAGAGCCGCAGGAGGCUGCCGGGCGCCGCGGCGCUGAGCGCAGGGGACUGCCGGGAUGGGCUCGGGUGCGGGGCGCGCCAGGCCCACGCUCUUGGCGUGUUGCCAGCGCCGAGACGCCACCACCGCCCGCCUGUGCCCGGGGGGCUCCCACCCUCUCGAAACUCCGCCGGCUUCCCAGCGCGCUCCUCGCCUCCGGCCUCCCGGGAGCUGGUGAUGCGGCGGCCGCGCCCUCGGGUUGGGGGCAGAGGGUCGUGGGCUCGCAAGGGGAGAGCUGGAGACUGCUUCGCGGGGGACCGUGGUGGGGGCGAGCGCGGGGGCCAAUGAGAGCGUGGGGAAUGAAUGAAGGACCCUGCCGAGGAACUCGGACGCGCUGUGGGGGAAGCUGGGAGACCGCGCUCCAGAUAGGGGUCAGGCCCGCAGGCUCGGUGGGCUGGCCUGCCCGGGCCAGAGUGUCACCCCCGCGGCCUCAGGCUCAGCUCUGCAGUGGGGCGCGGGAGCGCCGCGGGUGAUCCCCGGGGGCGGGGGCGCUGGGAGGGGCUCAGGGAAGUGCCGUCCAUUCCCACCUCGCGCCAAAGGCGACGCUGCUCCACCCGAGGAUGACUGACCUGCAACGCAGCCUGCCCGGCCCGGGUCUGGCCACACCCUCCGGGGAGGAAAGGCCCCUGCCGCCGGGCCUCCUUCCAGGGGAGACGCCGCACGGCGGCCUGACUGCUGGGUCCGCAGGCCUGGGUUUGAGGCCAGCGGCACACCGAGCUGCCAGGUAGCUUGCAGGCCAGUCACGGCUCAUGAGCCUGGUGGUGGCUGGGGCGCGGGGGACCGGGGAGGCGGUGCGGAGGGAGAGAGUGGGCUGCGAAGGAUGCGGCCCCAGCCCGGGCGGUGGACCCCUCCGCGGCCUGGGGAAGGCGGCCCUGUUCCCUGGAGGCGUGUCCACCUGCCAGACGGCACCUUCCCCUUUUGCCCAGCAGACCGCCUUUGUAGCCGCCGCAGGGCCGGGCCGGGUGUCCCAGGCUCCGAGGGACCCAGAGGGUUUGAGCCGCGGUCCUGCCGCAGCCCUUGGGCCGCCGGCGCUGCUCUGCGGUGGUUUCCUGCCACCGUGUUCCUGGGCCUUCCACGCUGCCCCCCCAGCAGAGCCCAGGGACAGGGCCCCCCCUGCUGGGGCUCAGGUGAAGGGUCCCAGGGCUUCUCCAGUCUGUGGCUUGGAAUCAUUUUGUACAAUGUGAACAUGUAUGCAUCGCAGAUUGGUGACAAUAAACUUUUGUCCUAAAGUG